AUGUCUUCUUCGGAAUCGGAUUCCUCGGUGGACUAUUCGAAUGAUGGCCCCGGUGCCUUGAUUGGCUGUGCGAUUUUGGGUUUUAUCACCACGGUUAUUGUGGGCUGCAGAUUCUGGGCAAGGCGACUGGUCUCGACAACUUGGGGACAAGACGACUGGUUGACAGUGGUGGCGCUCGUGGCACACCAUGGAGUACUGAUUGCCUUUGGAGUCAUGAUCGUGGAUGGAGGUCUUGGCAAAGAUAUUGCAGUCGUUGCGACGGUCCCAGGCGCAGUGACAGCUUUGUACAAGUCCCUCUUUGCAGCAGAACUUGCCUAUGGUAUGAGCUCGUCUCUGGCCAAGCUGUCUCUGCUGGCCUUUUAUAACCGCGUCUUCCCUACCCAACGAGUACGAAUCAGCUGCAUAGUCCUCGGGUCAAUAUGCAUCAUGUGGACAGUCGCCAUUCAAAUAACCAAUGUGCUCCAAUGCCGACCUCUUAGAGCAUUUUGGGAUCCGGCCUUGCAAGCCGCAUCCACCACAAAAUGCAUCGACACGAUACUUUUCUUCCUCGGCAACUCGAUUGUCAACUGUGUAAUAGAUCUCGCAACCCUGGCUCUCCCUAUUCAAGAAAUCUUGAAGUUGCACACGACCAAGAAGAAGAAGGCCGGUAUUGCUGGUGUUUUCCUUCUCGGCAGCAUUGCAUUCGCGGCCAGUCUUGUUCGCACAAUAUUCACUGCCACCAUGUAUAACGAAGGCACUACAAACUUUACGAAGCAAUUCGUCGUUUCGGGUGUGGCAACGGUGGUCGAAGUGUACGUGGGCAUCAUUAGCGGUUGCCUUCCCAUCAUGGUGCCCGUGUACCGACGUAUUCGCUACGGCAACGCACUCAAGUCUACCACACGCACAGGGUCCGAAGGGUACUACCUGAGCAACAGCGGCAAUGCCUUGGCAAAGAGCAACGCGAGAAGCAAGACGAACCGGUCGAGAGGCGAGGGCCCGUUUGAGAGACUGGACACCAACAAGGACGACUUUGCAUCGAGCGAAUUUUCGAGCGAUCGUCACAUCAUGGUGUCGAGUGCCGCAGUACGGGACGGUGACGUGGACCACAAGAGCAACGACAGCAUCCCACUUGAUGGAAUUGUCGUGCGGUCAGACGUUCAGUGGAAGGUUUCGGCAAAAUCUCAUGCAUAG